AUGAAUUUUGAAACAGAUGAUCAUAAAGUGACCAUAAAACACAAUGAAUUUGACACACCUGACAAGCAGGAGUCUUUUGAUUUACCAUUAUAUAUUGAUCAUAAUAAUAAACAAGGAAGUUUUGAUGAAAAUUCUAUUAGUAAAGAACAGACAGUUUCGUUACAUAAGAAUUAUAUAGAUUAUAAAAGAGAAAGAAAAACCACAGACAAACAAUUUAAGAAACAAGAUAUUGAACAGCAAUCUGUAGACAGAGUUGGUGUGAAGAAUGAGCAUGUCAAUAUUUCCACAGAUAAAACAAAUAUAACAAAAGAAUCUAUAAAGGAGGAAAAUGAUUCUUUUAAAAAGAUAUAUGAGAAUCAUGAAUGUAAGGAGGACUUGGUUGUAGGGCCCACAGACAUACAAACAGACAGUGGAACCACUGAACACUUAGUACAUAAUAAUACAAAUGAUUAUAAAAAAGAGGAAACUGCAGAUGCAGUUCACAAAUGUACGCGCCAAAUUAGAAUAGUGAUAACUGAUAGAAUACAUAUAUGUGAUGUAUGCAAAGAUGUAUUUAUGUCACUUGAGAAACUAGCGUCUCAUAUUAUGACGGUACAUACUAGCCGAAAACCACGUUCAUAUCAUGUAAGUAAAAAAAAACGUGGAACAAAUACACAUCAGAAAGAUGACGUGCAUUUUGAUAAGGGUAAAAGUUUAUAUAUUUGUAAUGUAUGCAGAAGGUGUUACUCCACCCAAAGAUGUUUGAAUGUUCAUAAAGUUAUUCAUACACAUGAAAAUAUAAAUAAGUGUGAUGUAUGUAAAAAAUGUUUCAGUUCAAUUUCGUAUUUGAAAUAUCACAUGCGUUUGCAUACUGGUGAAAAGUUACACAGUUGUGACGUGUGUAAAAAAUCUUUCCUUACACAGUCACAUUUGAAAAUUCACACGCAAAUCCAUUCUGGUACAAAGUCAUACGAGUGUGAUGUGUGCAAUAAAUGUUUUAGUGCAAAAUCAUUCUUAAAUCAACACAUCCGUAGUCAUAGCGAUGAGAAGCCAUUUAUUUGUGAAGUGUGUAAAAAAUGUUUUAGCAAAAAAAUAUACUUGAAAAAUCAUAUACACGUACACAUGGAAAAAAAGCUGUAUAGAUGUCAUUUGUGUAAAAAAAGAUUCAGUAAGUAUUCAUAUUUGAAAGGUCAUAUGCUUCUUCAUGAAGCUAAAGAUUUAUAUAAAUGUGAAGUUUGCAAUAAGUGUUAUAGCUCAAGUGUAUAUUUGAAAACUCACAUGCUCAUUCAUACCGGUGAAAAACCGUUUAGUUGUAAAAUAUGUGAAAAACGUUUUUAUGUAACAUCAGCUUUGAAUAGGCACAUGUAUGUUCAUACUCGGGCUCAGCCGUACAGUUGCGGACCAGCAUUGAAGUUACACAUGUCUAAUCAUAGCGAUGAUAAGCCGUACGCAUGUGAUCAGUGUAAAAGAAGGUUCGCUAUAAAAUCAUUGUUAGAAAAACACAUGCGUAGUCAUACGGGCGAAAAGCCGUAUAGUUGUGAUGUGUGUAAAAAAUAUUUUUCGUGGCGAUCAAGUUUAAGAUUACACAUGUUUGACCAUACUGGUCAAGCUUUGAAACAUCACUCGUUUGUUCAUAUCGAUGACCAGAACAAGCCAUAUAUUUGUGAUAUUUGUAAAAAGGGCUAUGGUGAAAAAUCUUUGUUGGAGACACACAUGCGUAUUCAUACUGGUGAAAAGCCUUCUGCGUCUGCGUCUGCGUCUGCGUCUGCGUCUGCGUCUGCGUCUGCGUCUGCGUCUGCGUCUGCGUCUGCGUCUGCGUCUGCGUCUGCGUCUGCGUCUGCGUCUGCGUCUGCAAUGAUGAGACAGCAUUCCGAAUGA